UGAUCAAUUUGGUCGAUCUGUGUAGUGAAUUUAUUUAUUUUCAUCGUACUUACACUUUUAUGUCGAAAUAACAAAUUUAUCAUUCUCUUCGAUGACGUAUUAAGAGACUAUUUAAUUAAUAAUUUACUUAUUUGCAACUAUAUCUGAUCUACUGUGCACAAUGGGUGACGGACAAAGCGAGAAUCAACUCCUAUUGCGAGACGAACUUAGUGUCAGCACCAUAUCGCCAGUCGGUCCUGAUGAGGUCCCGCCGUCUUAUCAACAAGCUGGACUGCCUAUGGUUACAUGCCGGGUGUGUCAAGCCAUGAUAGAUAUUACAGGAAAAAGAGAGCAGCAUGUUGUAAAAUGUUCUGAGUGCAAUGAGGCUACACCUAUAAGAAAUGCCCCUCCAGGAAAAAAAUAUGUGCGCUGCCCUUGCAAUUGCUUGUUGAUCUGCAAGACUUCAUCGCAGCGCAUUGCAUGUCCUAGAGCUGAUUGUAAGAGAAUCAUCAACUUAGCACCAUCACCUGUCACUCCACCAGUACCCAUCUUACCUGGCAUGUGCAGGGUUAUUUGUGCACACUGCCAAGACACAUUUCUGUAUCAGCUGUUAAAAAAUGCUGCCGUACGCUGCCCUCAUUGUCGCAAGGUGUCAUCGGUGGGACCACGUAUGCCGCGAGUCAGGGGAACGACAUUUGCAUUACUCGCACUUAUAUUCUUGUCGAUUGCGAUCGGAGUUACGGUAGGAACGUUCACCAAGGCCAAAGAUCACCAUGGUAUUUACUUUGCUUAUGUUGCAUUAUUCUUAAUAGCAUUUCUGUCGGGUAGUCGAGCGGUCUACUAUUUUGCUAUGAAAGUGAGUACAAUCGAGGGCCCAGUCUAAAUGUGCCACUGACAUUGGUAUUGUGAUAACAUUUGUAUGUAUGACUAGUAAUAAUUUCUCAAUUCCAUAUAACUAAUAUUAUAUUUACUUGGUUUUAUGCCAAUUUGAUACAUUGUAUUAUGUAUAAUCAUUACUUGUAACAAGUGUAUGAAUCAUGCUAUUCUGAGAUAGUAAAUUGGAUAUCUUUUUGAAUUUUAAAAAUAUAUUUGUGAUUAAAGUUCUCAUACCAAGAAAGAACAUGUUAUAUAGAGGAAAAUAUACUAAUAAAAUUUUAAAGACGUAAGUACUGAAUAAAUUUGGUUACCGAGUUACAAUCUUUAUAAGCUUAUGAACAUUUUUUGGGUUUGAAAUUAUAUUCCGCAGAAGUGAUAAGCUAUCUGUUUUUUAUUUAAUCAAUAUCUACAAUUCUAAAUGAUGUUACACAAUAAAUGCAAUUGUUUUUUAGUUUUGAAGAAUAAGAAUCUUUAUCCACAUCAUCUGUAGACAAAAAAUCUUAUAAGAUCUUAGAAGUUUCAAUCCGGUACGAAAUAAUUGACGAAACAAGCCUGGCUCUGGCUCGAGGACUAUAAGCUGUUUUUUGGCGUCACUUUUAUCAAAAAUUUGGCACUCUUUAGUAAAUUCGGUGACAAUACAAUUUUAUGAUCAACUGGCUAGUCUAUUCUGGGAACCAAAACCUAUCCAAUAAUAUUGGAUUGAGUGGUUUCGUAUUCUUUAUUCUGACACUAAUGGAACGUAUUCAUUGCAUAUUCGCCAUCAAUGAAAGAACUAACUGAUUUUGUUAUUAAUUUAUUCGGUUUAAUUUUGAUUACGUUUCGUAAGUAGUAUAGAAAUGGAAUUGAAAUCAAUUGAAAUUGUAGUCCAGAAUAGAUCUGCAGGUUUAAUUGAUUUCUAUAAAUUUGCUUAAAACAAAUUUAGGUCAUAAAUAUAACCCAUAUUUAUG